UGGACGGCAUCCUUGCUGGAAGGGAAGAGAGCUUCGCAGUUCGCCCAACGCCAUUCCGCCCAGUACUCAUUUGAAUUGACUGUGCCAGCGUGGCAGCGUCCAGCUGAUAAAACCGGCGUCAUCGACUGGCGGCUCUUCCGCACUGUCCUAAAUACUUUCUAUCAAUGGCUUCUGAACUCGAAGAACUGAUUGGCUUUCUAUCAUCUCCUUCCCCCAUCGUUAAGAAAGCGGCUGUGGAUAUCGUUCGAGAUUAUACAGGGUCUGAAGAUGGGAUUCAAUUCCUCGGAGAGCACUCCAGCAUUCUGCUUCCGUCUUUGUCUCGCCUGCUCGCUGAAAGCAAGGAGGUUUCAGAACCUGCAGCACAAGCUCUUGUGAAUUUGUCUCCAAAUCCGCAGUUAGCGGGUCAGAUGGUUGAUAUGAAUAUAAUAAAAAUGACUAUGGAGAUUUUGUACAAGCAAGACUGUGAAAUUAUGCAUUUGCUGGUUAUGCUCCUUGUCAAUCUCACACAACUAGAUGCUGGUGUUGACUUGCUUAUCAAGGUGAUGGAAAGAUGCAUGGCCUGUAUGUUAUGAAGCUUGUGAGAUCAUUCUGCUCAUCAUCCGAGGAGAAAAAAAGGUGAUCCGUUUAAGCACGUAGCAUCUGUACUGGUGAACAUUUCAAAAAAGGAAGAAGGGAGGAAACUUCUGCUGGACCCAAAGCGGGGACUCCUGAAGCAAAUUAUCAGACAGUUUGAUUCAGGAAGCAUUAUACGAAAGAAAGGGGUAUCGGGAACUAUUCGAAACUGCUGCUUUGAAGCUGAAAAUCAGCUACAAAAUUUGCUUUUAACUUCUGAAUUUUUAUGGCCAGCUCUGCUAUUACCAGUUGCUGGAAAUAAGGUCUAUACUAAGCAAGACACAUCUAAAAUGCCACUUGAGCUAGCAAGUGCACUUUCCAUUGAGCGUGAACCUGAGUCUGAUCCUGAGAUUCGUGUACAAACCUUGGAAGCAAUUUAUUUACUUGUCUUACAGGAGGCUGGUCGAAGUGCAUUUUGGUCAGUGAAUGGUCCCAGGAUAUUACAAGUAGGGUAUCAGGAUGAAGAAGACCCAAAAACAAUGGAAGCGUAUGAACGAGUUGGCUCCUUGCUGAUACAAGAGGGUGGCUGUGGAGAUGCAUCCAUGGAUGCGUAACAGUCAACUAAUGUAAGUCAAGCCUUGGAGUUCGGACAAGUGCACGUGGUUGAAGAUGAUACCAAAACAUGUACGUCUGUAAUCUAUAGGUGUAAUUUUGUAGCCUUUUGGUUUGGUGUAAUACAUGUGUCGCCCCCUCCACCUAAAGAUUAUCAAGAUAUUCUGAUUUACUGGGCAUUUGUUUAUUUCAGACUAUUAGUUUGUUACUUGUGAUUAUGAAGUGUUACUGUAUGGAACUAUGGAUCAAGUGGAAACACAUUUUAUGGAUGACUCACUAUGAACGACCACCUGAUACACACAGAGACUUGUUAUUAGUUGUAUAAGCUCACGGUCACAGAGCUUCUUAAUGAGUGAGACUUGUUAUUUUCAGCUCAAAA